AAAACAAUUUGGGGACACAAACAAAAUGGAUUCGGAAGCUGCAGCAUCUGUGCUUCUCACCAGGGAACAAAUUAUCAAUGUUUUAAGCGAAACGCCAGCGGGAUUUAUAAAGCCCACGGAUCCACCGUCACCAGGCCUGCCGCCUUUCAAGAAACUGGGAGUUCUCGUGGAAAUUGAUGAUAUCGUGGGCGAUAAGUCGUUGAAAAUCAACGACAACAGGGAUAAGGAGCAGUCCUAUAGCUGCGCGGAAUGUCGCAGGAUGUUGCCCACGGCUCAUUUGUUGGAUUUGCACAUCACCGAACAGCACGAUUUCUAUUUUGCCGCCAGCGUAGAUCGAGGGGAUAAGCCCAUGUUUUCUUGCUUCCUGGAGGAAUGCACCAUCAAGUUUCAAACUCCUCGGCAGCGCAAGGAUCACUGUAUUAUUGUCCACAAGUUUCCGGCAAACUACCGAUUCGAUCAGGGCAAGGAUAAGGCCAAGGAAAAGCGCAAGCCCAAUGCCAUGGAUGUGGAUGAGGUGGUGGUGCCCGCGGAAACCAAAAGUUUGCCCUAUAUCAAGGCCUUCAGUUUUGGUCACCAAACGCAUAGGACCUUCUAUAUGCGCAAGGAGCACAAAACUGGCGAAACGCUCGAUAAUGUCCAAUCCAUGAAGGAUGCCAUCAACGAUAUCCUGGAUUAG